GUCUGCGCCCAUGAGUUCACAACAAUAUUUUAACCUUGCGAAGCCUUUAAGUGUUGAAUACACUCGCUGAGCGGAAUAAUCGGGGCCCUAAAUUCUGACUUGAAAUAAUAUGAUUUACAGAAUUUUUAAUCGGUUCAUUUCAAAAAACGUUCUGUCGAUGCGAAAUUUCAGAGAUAGUCACAUUCAUGGAUGUGUCAAAAACAUUACAACCACCAGUUGCAUGUUUGGUGGUUGUCGACGACAUGUCAGAGAUUUAAAACAUGCUUUGAACAGCAGGAACAGUGAUCAUAUAAGUUGUCGGCGAAGGUUUUAUGCAACAGAUGCUGAACCUUUGUAUGACAAGGAAUUAUUUGAGAAGUAUUUGGAAGCACUUGAACAAUCCGUAAAGAAAGAUGAGACAGAAUUUACACAUGAAAGACAUGCUAAUCACAAAAUGAACUCCUUGCUUGCAAUGUACAUUGAGUACAAAGACAAAGUGAAAGAAAUUGCGGAGCUAAAGUCUCUAAAAUCAGGUCUGAGUUCAGAUGAAAUGGAGAUGCAGGAUUUAGCCGAGCAGGAACAAGCUGAAUGCCAGCAAAGAGUGGCAGAGUUACUGGAACAGAUGAUAGAACUUGUGCUGCCUCCUAUCCCCCAGUACAAUGAGAUCAUCAUGGAGAUACACUGUGCUGUUGGAGGGAAAGAAUCCAUGCUGUUUGCCAGGGAAAUCUACACCAUGUACAGAAACCUGGCAUACCACCGAGGCUGGGAAUUCAAUGAGGUGGAUGUCAUCUCUGAAGAGAAAGACUGUAUACGCAGAGCAACCAUUUCUCUCUCAGGAGAUGAUAUCUAUGAAGCCAUGAAAUAUGAAGGCGGUGUCCAUCGAGUACAGAGAGUUCCCAAGACAGAGUCCGGCGGGCGAAUACACACCAGUACAAUCACCGUCUCCAUACUCCCACAACCAGAAGAGGUGAACAUAACUAUUGAUCCUAAUGACCUCAGGGUGGAAACGUUCCGGGCCAGUGGUGCAGGAGGACAACAUGUAAACAAGACAGACAGUGCUGUUAGAAUAAUACAUAUUCCAACAGGUGUUAGAGCUGAGAGUCAGAUAGAAAAAUCCCAACACUCAAAUAAAGUUCACUGCAUGAAAGCCAUCCAAGAACGCCUUUACCAAAUAGAGUUUGACAAACAGUUGGAGGAGAGUCAAAGAUUUCGUAAAAUUCAAGUUGGAACUGCCUCUCGUUCUGAGAAGAUUCGAACCUACAACUUUCCACAGGACCGAGUAACCGACCAUAGAAUUCACUUCAGUACAAACAAUAUCCAGCAGUUUCUGAAUGGGGGCGAGCCACUCCUUAAUAUGAUGGCUGUGAUUCAGGAGAAGUCAAAAUACGAAAUUCUCAAUGAAAUACUUCAGACUUUUCAAAACAAACAGACUUUAAUUCAUCUUCAAAAUUGAUGUUUAAUUCAAAAUUGUUUAUAAUUUCUAAGAGAUGAAUAUGUAUUACCAAUUGGAAAAUUGUGGUGUCUUUCAUUUUUUUUUCAACAUCACUUUCAUACCAAGUUUAAAUGCACGGCACACAGAAAUUAACAGGUUUUAAUUACAAAUAAAACUAGAUGUGACGUAAUGCCACGAAAGCCCCUGGGGAGACAAAAUUUAAAUUGCAAACAUUUGUUUGAUUGCAGAAGUUAUAUAUCCCUGAAAAUUACUUAAUUUUUUAAGUUCAAGAGCCUUCACUCUGCAAAACCAAAUUCGAACUUGACCUGCGUAUUUCUAUGACACAUCUACAUAUCAAA